AUUCUAUUCUAUUUUUUUCUCUCUUUACGCGAGGAAAUUGUUGGGCUUUAACUUGCGCCUUCUGUUCUCCUCUCCGCCCUCUGUUGCGUCCGUCGUCUCCCACCCCGUCGUCACCAGCGCCCCUCCUCGCGCUCGCCGCCGGGAUCCGGCCCCUCCUGCGCCCGCCUCGGCGACUCCGGCCCCCGGUCUAGAUUUCUGAGAAAAUGGCAAGAAGUGCGAGAGCAAGGAGGCAUGUAGCUCGUCAGCUCAGGCCCACCCCGUAUCCCAUUCCUUCAAACCGAUGGAAGCUGAUGAAAGAAUCCAACCAAAAGAAACCAUUUCCAGCCUUGCAGAAGAUGGACUGGGAAGAUGCCAAUUGCUCUGUGUGCAUGGAAUACCCCCAUAAUGCUGUGCUCAUCCUCUGUUCAUCUCAUGAUAAGGGCUGCCGUCCUUACAUGUGUGGAACUAGCUACCGCCACUCGAAUUGCCUGGAUCAGUUCAAGAAAGCCUACACCAAGGGUGCAUUGCUUGAGGAAGUUCCUGCAAAUGGCGUUGGCACAAACCUGGAUUCAUCACCUUUGAGUGCAGGUGAAAAAACUGAGUCCGUUGACCUUGCGUGCCCACUGUGCCGUGGCAAGGUGAAAGGUUGGACAGUGGUAGAACCAGCUCGAAGCUAUCUCAAUGGAAAACGGAGAACAUGCAUGCAGGAUGGUUGUUCAUUUGUAGGGACCUACAAGGAGCUCCAUAAGCAUGUCAAGUCAGAACACCCUCUUGCAAAGCCAAGGGAAGUGGAUCCCGUCCUUGAGCAGAAGUGGAGAUUGCUCGAGAUUGAAAGAGAGCGACAGGAUGCACUCAGUACAAUUACUGCAACAAUGGGGAGGGCUGUUGUUCUUGGUGAUUAUGUGCUAGACUUGGAGGAUGGAGUGGACCUGGAGGAUGUAGAAAGUGAUGCUGAUGUUGAUGAUGGCCAUGGGACAGAAAACACUCGAAGAAUGCUAUUAUUUAUUAUGCGCCAAGUUGCUCAACAUCAUCAAAACCAAAGGCUUCAGAAUGCAACCGGUGCCUCUGACAAUGCCGAGGAUGAUUAUGUGGUGAGCAGUGGUGCCAAUGGAACCACACCAUACUCUUACCCCUUGGAAGGGGGGGAUGACGAUGAUGUGGUUGUGGCCGGAGGUAGAAGCACUGAUGUGCUCAGACCAGAGCGCCGGCGCCACCGGCGCCGCCGGAACCGUGGAAGAUUGUUCUUAGGUGCUAAUUGAGAGUACAGGUGGGGUUAACCAUCAGAGGAGUACAUGCACAAAUGCUUCCUUGGUCCGUAGCAUUCAUCAAUUUCAGCCUCAAUUUACUUGUUCAUGAUCAUGUACCAAGUAGUUGUGUUAACAACAGCUCAUUGUUUCUCAUCAAUGUAUGUUAUCUCACAUUCUUUGUUGAAAAGGAAAACACCGCAUCCAUCUUUUGCGGUUUGUGUAGCUUCUAUUUCUGUCCACUACUUGACUCAUUAAUUACUCCCUCUGAAAUUACAAGAUA